AUGACGCCGACCAGCGUCGGGAGAGCCAGCAGCGUCACGGCAAGGCCUCAUAACUCCAAGCCCAACCAGUCCUUUGUGGGAUCCGCGGACAUCCUAAGCCAGCAGUCAGUGCAGGUGCCCGCGUACCUGGAGGCCGCGCUGGAGUCGCAGCACGCGCAGGAGCACGGCAGGACGGCGGCGCUGCAGGGCAAGUCGCACCUGCACCGCGCAGCUGACCACGUAGGCGGAGGCGUGGCACGCCGCAGGAAGCUCAUCUCCGACUCCGACGCCGCGCUGCUCGAAAAGGUCUACGAGGCGCAGCGGAAGUCCACGGCGCGGCCGCUCACGCGCGUCGGCUUGGAGCAGGUGCUGCACGAAUACAUGGUGCAUUGGCUGCUCGGGGACGACGCGGAGUCGAUCCAGAUUUUCCUGGAGGUGACCCGCCCGUGCGGCGGCCGAGUCUUCUGGAGUCCCGGCCUGCAGAGGCAGGCGGAGGCUUGGGUCGGGGCUCGGCGCCUCGUCAUCUGCGCGAGGCUGGUCUGCGCGUUGCUGCCUCCAGUUUAUUUCCUCUGCGAGGACAAGAUCAUGGCGCUGCCAAGUGAGGCUCCAAUGGCGAAGUGGGUGGAUCGGGCACUCCAGAUCCAGCGAAGAGGCCUUGGUCAAGGCUACGCGUGCCUUCUUCGGCAGGAGGUGGGCAGGAUACCCUUGCGCAUGCAAGGGAAGAUCGACGACCACGACCUGGGGAUCCAGGAGCUCGAGACCGACGUCAAGAGAUUGCGUGAGACACUUACUGAGGGCUGCGAGAUCAACGUGGGCCCCGACAAGCACCAGCUCAUGGUCUAG